AAUUCUUAUAGUGAGCUCCCACUGCCACUCAACACUUCAUGUCUAGUUUUUCCAUUCCUCAUAUGAUGAUGGAGGAAAUGUUUUCAGGCUUAUUGAGAGCCACAUUCAGGUCUAAAGAGGUUGUUUCUUUGUGGGUUUUGGCUGCAAUUGGUGAUUCCAGCGGCGGAGCUGUGAUUCAAGUCACAAAACGAGUUGUUUUUGCUGCAUUUACCUGCUUUCUUGCACUAGGAGGAGCUGUAGUGGGAGCAAUUCAUGGAGCGAUCAAAGGCCAGACAACGGAGACGGGGUUUCUUAAUGGUGCCGGCAUAGGCGGUUUGACAGGGGCUAUUGCUGCCAUUCAAUUGAUGGAUUUGGCAGUGGACGGCGAGUUGUUGUCUAAGGUUGCUUUCUUGGUAGGUAUGGUAAAUGGGAAGGUGUUUAUGGAAUGGGUGAGUUCUGCAUUGCUAAAAGCCUAUCACUGGCAAGUUAGCAAUCUGGAAACAGCUUACAGAGAGAUUUCUGAAAUCUAUGACAUUGGUGGAAUGAAGGGGUUAUCGCACGAUUGCAUCCAAAAGCUCCCUCAAAGUACAUUUCACAGCAGCAGGAGCAGCAAUAUCAUCGAGUCUUGCAGUGAAUUUUGCUGCUCAAUUUGCUUACAGGAAUUUAAGGAUGGAGAGAAUGCAAGAGAACUUCCCAUUUGUGGGCAUUUGUUUCACAUGGCCUGCAUAGACCAAUGGCUAAAGCGACAAGCCUCUUGUCCUAUGUGCAGACUACAUGUCCGCAUUGAAAACGUAGUAGAUUUUAGGGAUUGCUAGUAUGUUCUAAGGUGUUCUAUAUACUGAGAUUUUUAGUCUUUGAAUUCUCGGUAACUAUUGCAAGAGAGGUAGUAAUUUUGUAACGUGCAAAAACUUAGUAUUUACACCUAAGUAAAUAGUUUUGUAUUUCUUUUAGUCAAAAA